GUAAACACUUACCAAGGCCGGAAUGGAGCACGUAAUUUCCAUGGAGUUCCAUUUGAGAAAAGUUGAAAGAAAAGAAGCUGGUGAAUCAAGCAGAGAGAAUGAUCAACCUGUCGUUGUCGAUGGAGACACCCAUACGCUGACUAUUACACUCCAAGAGAGAGGCACUACUAGUACCAGUUCCAAGGAAGAGAAGUUUAACAAAUUAAAGGAGGCGCAAGCCAAAGUGCAACUAGGAACAACACCAAAGAUAAGUCAGGUUUUAAUGCUGCGAGGUCACAAGCAUUACCGAAAGUACUGUGAGCCGAGAGUGGUAUCACUCGGUCCUAUCCAUCAUGGUAAGUCUAAAUAUCAGCUAACAGAGGAGUACAAGCUUAUGUUGGCAGACAAAUUCAUUGGAAAAACUGGCAGGACUGUUGAAGAAUUGUAUGGUAUUAUUGAGGAUAAUAUCAAAGAACUGAGGGAGUGCUAUGAUGAGAAAGUGACACGGAAAUAUAGUGAUGAGGACCUUGCUUGGAUGUUGUUUGUGGACGGCUGUGCAACAUUGCAGUUCAUAGACUUGGUUGCUCAUCCUGAUCAGAAGGUCAAAGAUUUCAAAAUUAAAAACGAUCAAGUGGCCUUUGUGGAGCAAGAUUUGUUCUUGUUGGAGAAUCAACUUCCUUAUCAACUCCUCGACUAUUUAGUGACAAAUACUCAAAAUAGUGAACAUAGAGAGAGUUUGAAGACGUCGAUCCAAAGUUUCAUCAAUAUGCACAGCAGGCCAGUUGAAGAUACAAAACCCCCAUCUGAUGAAGAUACAAAACCCCCAUUUGAUGAAAAUGCCGUCCAUCUUCUUGAUCUUCUGCGGAAAAGACUUCUAGGUAAGACUGGCAAGGAAGAAGAUAGUACUGAGGAGGAUAAAUCUGGCGAGAAACGCCCCUGCUGCUUUUGGAAAACUGUGACCGACAAACAUAGUUCUAAGCAUAAGAAGGACAAGAAAGGUCAAAAUUCUAGGAAAGAUUGGCAUUCAUUUCGUAAUGUGCAGGAGCUUAGAGAGGUAGGAAUCCAUUUGGAGACCAGCCAAAGUAGUUGCUUGGGAGAGAUAAAAUUCACAAAAAAAUGGAAUUUCUACCCUGGAAUCCUUCAGCUUCCUCCAAUAACAGUGGAUGACUCAACUGGGCCUAAGUUCUUUAACUUAAUAGCCUACGAGAUGUGUCCGGAUUUCGAGAAUGACUUUGGGAUCACCUCUUACAUAUCCUUCCUUGAUUCACUUAUUGAUGAACCCAAAGACGUUAUAGACCUCAGAAAAGCCGGCAUACUCCGCAACCUCCUUGGCAGCGACGAAGAAGUGGCUCUCGUCUUCAAUGAGAUAGGCACUGACUUGGUGCCUAACCCCGUAAUGUAUAGAGAAGUCAGAGUUCAAAUCCAGAAUUAUAUUGAAAUGAAGUCAAUGACUUGGAUAUCUCAAGUUAUUCAUACCCAUUUCGACAGCCCCUGGACGGUCAUUGCCUUCCUUGCCGCGUUCUUUGUACUUGGUCUCAGUGUCGUACAAACGGUGUACUCUAUCUUGGCAUAUUAUUAAGGGUAAAAAGAAACACCACCCCUAAUAUAAAUGACCAUAACCACACUGAUUCUAUGUCUUUUCAGAUUGUUGUUCAAUAAAAGUACCUGUAAGAGUUCUGUAACUGUCAGGAUUUCACAUAGGCCUUUCUCUCUCUCUGGUACACAUCCUCUAUGGCUACUAUGUCAUGCCCUUUGUUUACUUUUCUUUUGUCGAACUCCCUUGUUCGUUUAAAUAAGUCAGUGUGGACAAUGUACUUGAUUCUUAAUUAAUUUGAUGUAAUGUGUGUUUGAGAUAAAAACAUGAUAUUUAUCUGCCAGAAUUUUACGU